AUGGAAUCGUCAAAGAGAGUACUCGUCACAGGCGGAAGCGGCUUCUUGGGAGGACACGUAGUCCGACAACUUCUCAGUGAUACCGGAACAACUGUCGCUAUCGUCAGUCGUCAUCCCAAGAUGCCAGGUGACGUUGCUGACGAGUCCCGCGUCUCACUUCAUGCAGCCGACUUGACAGUGCCGAGCCAGAUUGAACAGGUGUUUAAAACGUUCAAACCGUACGCAGUCAUCCAUGCAGCCUCGCCGUCUUAUAUCGACACACCUGCGAAUCUGAUAAAGGCAAACAUUGAUGGAACGAAAGCCUUACUUGAAGCUGCCUUAGCUUGUGCCAAUACUCGCGCCUUUGUGUUUACGUCCUCUGAUUCAGCCGUUAUACCUACGCAAGAGCCUCUAUCUGAAGAAAAUUCUGUUCUGUAUGAUGAGACUAACGCCCCGAAUGCUUAUGCAAUGUCCAAGGCCGCAGCUGAAAGACUCGCCAUUGCUUCAAACUCAGGACAGCUUUGGACUGCAGCUAUACGAAUACCGGCCACAUAUGGCGAAUACGACAUGAAUUUCGUGCGUCAACUCGUACAAAGCAUUCGGAGAAAAGAGCACAAAAUGCAAGUCGGUAACGACACCAAGAUCUUUGAGUUCUUGUACGUGAAGAAAGCGGCCGCGGCACAUAUCCUUGCCAUGAAAGCCCUCCUUGACCUAGAGAUGCGAGAAAAGGCCGGUGGUCAGGUAUUCUUCAUCUCGGAUGGAAGACCGCAAAAGUUCUUUGAUUUCUCUCGGAAGCUCUACGCCGCAGCUGAAUAUCCUGUUGCAUUGGAGGAGGUUACAAAGAUUCCGUUCUUCAUGAUGCAAGCGAUGGCAUCGACGGCUGAAUGGGUUUACUGGAUUAUGACACUGGGCUAUAUAAAGCCUGGUAUGAGAAGGACUGCUAUUGAUCAUUUGGACUCUGGGUGUUGUUGGUCUUUGGACAAGGCUAAGAGGGUGCUGGGGUAUGAGCCUGUUGCGGACCAGGAUGAAGCUAUCAAGAAGACUAUGGAGUGGGCAUUGAAAGCUUUGUGA